AUGAACAUCCACACUCCCAGAAGAUUUGCACCUAUCGCCGUCUCCAUGACUGAACGACCCAACGAGGACGCCAACCGCGGACCCUCCCUGGUUAUCAUCAACGCCACCUUCACCGCCAUCGCCACGCUCAUCGUCAUCCUCCGCAUCAUCGCCCGUGCUUUCAUCCUCAAGAAACCCGGCUUGGACGAUGCAAUGAUCGCCGCUGCGACCAUUCUCGCCAUUCUGAACGUGGUCGUCUCAGGACUAGGCGUCACCCACGGCACCGGAAAACACACCUGGGCCCUCAACCCCAGCGACGCCGUGCCCGCAGCCAAACUCCGCUUCAUGACGCACAUAAUCUACGUCCUGGCCAGCGGAAGCAUCAAGAUCUCCAUCUCCCUACUCUACCUACGCCUCUUCCCGACGCUGCGCGGCCCCACCCUCGCCACCAUUGGCUCAAUCACCGCCAUGACCACCGCGAUCUUCCUCGCCACGAUCUUCCAAUGCUCCCCACUCGACGCCGUGUACAACACCCGGAAGUACGCGCACGCCGCGUGCCUCGGCGCCGUGGCCUUCUGGUCCGCGACGGCGGCGCUGUACCUGCUCACCGACGUGUGGGUGCUCGUGCUCCCGGUUCCAACGAUUCUAGGUCUCCAGGCCAGUCGCAGGAAGAGACUUGUCCUGACGGCGCUGCUUUCGCUCGGAGCAUUUGCAUGUAUCGCCAGCAUCGCGCGGAUGGUCUACAUCGUCCGGCUGUACCAGGGCGUCGACCAGAGCUGGCACAGCGUGGACGUCUCGAUCUGGUCCGGGGUGGAGCUGGCGCUCGGGAUCGUGGCGGCGAGUGUUCCGAGUCUGAGGCCGGUGCUGGACCAGCUGGCGCCGGGGCUGUUGUCGUCGGUGGGGCGGAGUCAUCACUAUGAGUCCGGGGGAGCGGAUCAGAGGAGGAUGGCUGGGCCGUUCCACGAGGAUAUCUCGCUGGUCCGGUUGACGGGGAAGGGAGGGGAUGGGGAUUAUGGUUCGAGUGCUAGUAUUCUGCGGGGGUCGUCGGGGGGGCAGUGUCUCUCGCAGGAGCGUAGAUAGGUCUUUCUCGAGCUAGAUUUUUUGAGGUUUGAAGGUCUUGGGAGCUUGGACGGCAAUGGUAGGUG